GUCUUGGGGUAGCAUCCGUUUCUAGUACAUUUUUGCUAAAGCUCUCGGGAAACACCCUAAACUUCACUGAGAUUCCUCACGCAACGACAAUUUUGUGUUUAGCUCAAUAUACCAGUUGAAAAUGAACACCCUCGACACUGUUUUUGGAUGGCUCUUGAGCCUACUCUCUCUGAUCCGAUUUUUCAGGACGACGAAGAAAUUGGUUAUUGAUGGCACUACUUCCUCUAUCAGCAUUCCCAACGUGGAAACAAAUCCUCAUAUACCUCCAAGCAACGCUUUCCUAGGGAAUCCGAACCAAUUAGCUCCACCGACUCCCCCGGAGUCGGACAAAGGCGACGAUGAAUGCGAUGAUUUGGAAAAUAUACCACUUCCGCCACCGUCAGUAAACCCAACAACCGUCCUUGAUGUCGAUGUUGGAACGCCGGAUUCACAUGUCCCCAGGGACCCAAGAUUGAUACGCCUAACGGGAGUGCACCCAUUUAACGUUGAGGCACCUCUUUCGGCAUUAUUUGACUCUGGCAUGAUUUUUGACCCCUCCGGAACUCUUUUAUUCCAUGACGACGAAAUGCUGGACUGGACAAUAACGAUCGAAGGGUUGGUAGCCAACCCCCUGGCUUUGACCUUACGUCAAAUCAUCACCGGAUUCGAACAGGUUACUCUUCCUGUCACUCUUGUCUGUGCAGGUAAUCGUCGAAAGGAGCAAAACCAGGUUCGAAAAUCUCAAGGAUUCUCAUGGGGUGCUGCGGGUGUCUCCACGUCGCUUUUCACAGGCCCACUUUUGGCAUCCGUUAUUGCCGCUGCAAGGCCCCAACGAAACGCCAGAUAUCUCUGUAUGGAGGGGGCAGACGAGCUUCCAAACGGGAAUUACGGGACUUCCAUACGUCUUUCUCAAGUCUUCGAUCCCAAUCGCGGAAUUAUGCUUGCGCACAAGAUGAAUGGCGAGGAACUUCGCCCUGAUCACGGGCGUCCCCUCAGAGUGGUUGUUCCAUCUAUGAUUGGUGGGAGAUCUGUAAAGUGGUUAAAGAAGAUCAUACUCACGGAGUCGCCGAGUGAGAACUGGUAUCAUAUCUACGAUAACAGAGUUCUGCCAACUAUGGUCACACCGGAGAUGGCCAAGGCGAACAAGGACUGGUGGACCGAUGAGCGGUAUGCGAUUUAUGAUCUUUCUGUUAAUUCAGCGAUUGCAUAUCCCGCACACGACGAGACACUGUCGAUGGAGACAACAAAGGAACAGUACAAUCUGAAGGGUUACGCCUACGCUGGGGCUGGGAGGAGGAUUACUCGUGUUGAAAUUUCCCUUGAUAAGGGCAGAAGCUGGAUUCUAUCCUCGGUAGAAUAUCCGGAGGACCUGUACCGAUCUAUUCCUGAAAAUGCCACUCUAUUUGGAGGUCGCCUCGAUGUUGGCUCGCGAGACGCCUGUUUGUGCUGGUGUUUUUGGUCUCUGGAUAUUCCUACCUCAGCCUUGUUUGCUGCGGAUGAUAUCGUUGUUCGAGCCAUGGAUGAUAGCAUGAACACCCAACCAAGGGAUACCUAUUGGUCGGUAUUGGGGAUGAUGCACAAUUCAUGGUUUAGGGUCGCAAUCCGUAAGGAAAACGGCCGUAUUAGAUUCGAACACCCCAACCAGCCAGCACUGCUAAAGGGUGGAUGGAUGGAAAGAGUGAAAAAGGAAGGGGGCGAUCUAUUGGGCCUUAAUUGGGGUGAGAGGGUGAUGGGAGAGGAGUCUGUUGCUGGUGGGGCUACCAGUGCUCCGGAGGUCCGAGACACCGUGAAGAUGACGGAUGAUUCCGUGCAAAGGACAAUUGAGAUCGAGGAACUUAGGGGCCACGACAACGCCAGUGAGCCAUGGUUUGUAGUCGAAGGUGAAGUGUAUGAUGGAAAACCUUUUCUUGAAGAACAUCCGGGAGGGGCGACAAGCAUCAUAUCCGCUGCCGGACAAGAUGCAACUGAUGAGUUUGUGGGGAUUCAUAGCGAAAGCGCAAAGGCGAUGAUGCCAAAAUACCAUAUUGGUACGCUAAGUGCUACGGCGCGUAAACUUCUUCUUGAGCCGGCCGCACCAUCCAAGAAGGGACCCUCAGAAACAUUCUUGGAUCCACGAGCAUGGUGUCAAGCAGCCCUAGUGCAGAAAAAGGUGGUAUCAUGGGAUACUAGAAUUUUCACCUUCGAACUCGAUAAUCCUACACAAACACUAGGUCUUCCCGUCGGGCAGCAUCUUCUCAUCAAGAUACGGGACGAAAAGACCGGAGAGGUGAUUACGCGGCCGUACACUCCCAUCUCAUGUAACACUGAGAAGGGUGUUGUUCACCUACUCGUGAAAGUAUAUUUCGAUACACCAACCGCUCUUGGUGGAAAGAUGACACAAGCUAUGGACAGGAUGCAAAUGGGUCAUACCGCUUCCUUCAAGGGUCCCAUCGGUAAACUUGUAUAUCAUGGGCAAGGUGUCGUUUCUCUCCUUGACAAUCGGAUCAAUGUCACAUCAUUCCUUAUGAUCUGUGGCGGAAGCGGAAUAACUCCCAUUUUCCAAGUCCUCAGGGCAGUCCUUUCUGACCCUACGGAUUCUACAACGUGCGUUGUCCUCGACGGGAACAGAGCAGAGGAAGAUAUUCUGUGCCGAGAGGACUUGGAUUCGUUCGCAGCGACAUAUCCGGAAAAGUGCAAGAUCGUUCACACUCUUUCAAAGCCCUCAGAGCGGUGGCAGGGUGAGAGGGGCAGAAUUGGGUGGGAUCUGAUCAAGCGGAAUUAUCCACAAGGCUGCGAGGGCCGUAAACCCUUAGCACUAAUAUGUGGGCCCGAGUCAUUGGAAAAGAGCGUUAGGGGCCUGCUAACAGCCGGUGGGUGGGGGGAAAGUGAUAUGGUAUUUUUCUAGGCGCUUUUCUUCUUUUUCUUUCACCGAUGUUAGACAGAUUUUGUAGAUUUGGGUUUAUGGUCAUGGCUUUUGGUUCUUUUUUCUGCAAAUAUUGAUAGCAUUAGAAUUAAAGGUUUUAAUCCUCAA